UUACUUGCCUCAAAAUGCUGGGGCUAUAGCUCGGAAGUACAUAAAGGAUCCUCAGUUAUUGUCUUUCAUUGAUGCGGAGUGUUUCAUUGUGAGUACAGUCAAUGCUCUACAGACGCCGAUGAUCAAUGCAAGUAUGGUUUUAUGUGACAGGCACUAUGGAGGAAUUAACUACCCGGUUGGUGGCGUUGGUGGGAUUGCCAAGUCUUUGGCAGAAGGACUUGUUGAUCACGGAAGUGAUAUACUCUACAAGGCCAAUGUAAAAAGCAUAAUACUUGAUGAUGGAAAGGCUGUCGGUGUUAGGCUAGCAGAUGGAAGAGAAUUUUUCGCCAAAACAAUAAUUUCAAAUGCUACAAGAUGGGAUACAUUUGGGAAACUUUUAAAAGGAGAAAAGCUUCCGAAAGAAGAAGAAAAUUUCCAGAAAGUCUAUGUCAAGGCUCCAUCAUUUCUUUCAAUCCACAUGGGUGUUAAAGCAGAGGUUCUCCCUCCAGAUACAGAUUGCCAUCAUUUUGUGCUUGAGGACAACUGGAAGAAUCUGGAGGAGCCUUAUGGUAGUAUUUUCCUCAGCAUUCCAACCAUUCUUGAUCCAUCUUUGGCUCCAGAUGGUCGACAUAUACUUCACAUAUUUACAACUUCCUCAAUUGAGGAUUGGGAGGGACUCCCUCCAAAAGAGUAUGAAGCGAAAAAGGAAGAAGUGGCUGCUGAAAUAAUACAGAGGCUAGAGAAAAAACUGUUUCCAGGGCUCAGUUCAUCUAUUACGUUUAAGGAGGUGGGAACACCAAGAACACACAGACGAUAUCUUGCUAGGGAUAAGGGAACUUAUGGGCCAAUGCCUAGAGGAACCCCAAAAGGUUUAUUAGGCAUGCCGUUCAAUACAACGGCUAUCGAUGGUCUAUACUGUGUGGGGGAUAGUUGCUUUCCUGGUCAGGGAGUAAUAGCUGUGGCAUUCUCAGGAGUAAUGUGUGCUCAUCGGGUAGCUGCUGAUAUUGGCAUUGAGAAGAAAUCACGGGUACUUGAUGUUGGCCUUCUUGGUAUACUUGGUUGGCUAAGGACACUCGCAUAAAUCUAGUGAUGGUUGUGAUGAAUGACGCAAUGCAAUGAGAAGAGAUAGAUGUGGAAUGAUAUAUACUAAUAAACUAUUGUAUGUUAACUUCAACAUAUUAUAUGAAAAUGAUAUAUACGCAUGCAGCAUGAGCAUGAUUCUUUAUUA